AUGUUAAAAAGUAAAUUCCUGUUAAUAAUUAUAACUGCAUUACUAGUUUGUAUGAUUACUGUAAAUGAAUCAAAGAAAAGACGAAAAAUACAAGGACCUAGGUUGAGUCACAAAGAAUCAACGAGCUGUAGCGAGUUUUCAAAAUAUGGACGCUUCAACCCCUAUUCUGUCCUGAACGAGACAUGGUUCGUAUUCUUUUACUGGGCAGCGCCGCGGCCGAUUGAUACCUACAGAUUUUUUAUACCAACAGCUAACCACACCAAGAUACUCCACAAAGUAUUCGACGGGAAAGUGACAGUACCAGUGAACUGGACUGCACGUCUUGUGAUUAUGCAGAACAGAUUUAAUACUACGUGGUUACUUGUUGAGCGAGGAGACAGAGGACAGUACUGGUCAUAUAUGCUUAGACGAGCUAAGAAAAAAUUAAUAAAGGCUCAAAACAUUCGUUUGAGACAACACGACAAUGGUCGUCUACUCGGUUUGAUGGAGUGCCAGACUGAAUUCCUCUAUGUGAUGUCAAGAAUAAGAGAAGUACCAUUACACAAUAGACUUCAAGAUGAGGCAGCGCGUUUUGGAUUUCGCGCUAGGAGAGGUAAAUCUUACUUAUAUCAAGGUCACGAAUGGAUGCCCAUACCCGAAGCCGAUGAAAAUGAUUAUUUCGAAACUUUGUUGCCUGAUUUAGCUAAUGAAACAAAUAAUCCAGAAGAGAUCACCUUACAUGUGAGUGAUCAAUCUACAGAAGACAGAAAAACAUGUAGCCUUAAAGAAAAAUUAUCAAAAUAUAAAUCAGUAGAUUUUAACUCUCCUGAUAGUUGCAUUCAGACUGAGUCUAGUAAAGUCUCAAAAAAAGCUGAUUCUAAUAAAAUAAGAAUAGACAAAUCUGAUUGCAAUGAUGAAUGGGCAGAAUCAGCUGAUUUUGAUAGUAAAAGAGAGGAAAAAUUAACUGGUAAAGGAAAAUCAGGAAAAGCUAAUUAUGACACGACAAAAACAGAAGGAGCUGAUCAGAAAGAAAAAGUUGAUUCUGAUAAUUUAAGAGCGGAAAAUCCUGCUUCUGAUAAUUUAAGAUUAGAAAACGUGGAAUCUGAUGUACGCUCGGAAUCUCAAUUUACUAAUGAACGUAAAGAACCCGAUCCUACUAACGAAUUUGUAGAACAAUCCUCUAAGAUACAAACACCGUCUAGUUCCAAAAUACUCGGAGAACGAGAGAAAUUAAAUGAUAUAAGAGAAGAUCAGUAUACUAAUGGUCUUAAAGAAUCUGAAUCUGCAUUUGCAAAUAUAAAAGAUCUUGAAAAAUCCACAGAUGUACCAAUGGAUACCGAAACUAAAGUUACAACCGCACAGAAAAACUUGCAUUCCACCGAUUUAGCAGAAGAUAUUACUGAUGACCUACCAAAUGACUGGGGGGAUUUUCAUAAAAACAGUUACACAACCUACUUAAGACCUGUUGAAAAUACAAAUUUUAUUGAACAGGAACCACCUAAGAUUAAUCAUAAAAUAAAGGAUCCGAUAGCUUCAUCUGGUGUUUUACCUGAAAAAUGUUAUAAAAUGGAAAUGGUAUCAGAAACAGAAGAUUUCACUCCUGCAUAUGUACCUCCUAUAUUUAAUGAAAUGUAUGAAACAGAAACGACAAUAAACUCCAAAACCACAAUGCAAGAAAAACAUCAAAACUAA